GCGCAGUAGCGACGACCACGACUGGCAGUUCAGUAGUAGGAAGAGAGUAGAGAAGCUGAAGCGCGUCACGCGGAGACGUAUGAGGGACGCUGGACGCUCCGAGUAAUUUCAGUAAUACGAGAGCAAAGUCGAGCGUAGUUUCAAGAAAGAAAAGAGAAAAAGAAGCAUCAAAUAACGUUCCGUUUGUAUUGCAAGAGCAGCAUACCUGCGAUACUAAUCUGCGCGUGAUAUUUUCUUUUAGUGUGUAAUAAAUUAAUGUGUAGAUGGGAAAGCAGUGAAUACGUUAGUAGAAAAGAGUCGAGCGAGAAUUCUUUCUCGCUCGCUAUAGUGAAAGGUCUGCGAAAGAAGGUGCGAAUUAAUGAUAAACGUAUUAGUCACAUUAACGAAUAUUAGUGAGUGCGCACCUUUCGUCUUAAUGAGGAUAGGAAGAAAAGAAAAAAAAAGGACAUAAAAUUCAACGAAUUGUGUCGGUGUAGCUUGCUUUCUCCGUUGAAAUGCAGCGGACUGGUCGCUUGCACCAUUGUGUCUCCGGUGUUGUGACAGAACGUAAAAUGUCUUUACGUUUAUCGUUGCUCGGAGUUUUGGCUCUUUCGUUUUUCGCGACAGCGGUCACCGGUGCGGAGGAUGGCCACUGCGUAUGGUACGGAAAGUGCUAUACAGAUCCAGCAACAAGACAUAACAAAAAUUGUCCCUACAAUGGCCCAGCAAAACUCCUCGAUUUUCCAGGACAGGAGAUACUUGCAAAACACUGUCCUCACUUGAUGGCUGAUACCGGAGAAGGAAUAAAGACCUGUUGCGACACCGAACAAUUGCAAACCCUCGACACUAAUCUCAAACUUGCUGCAAAUUUUCUCAAGAGAUGCAACAGUUGUCUUGACAAUCUCGUCAAACAUUUCUGUGACUUUACGUGCAGUCCGCAUCAAAGUACAUUUAUAAAUGUUACUGAAAUAGUUCCUGCUCUAACGGCCGAAGACAAGGCGUACAUAAACAAGAUCGACGUUUACGUGACGAACAAAUAUCUAAAUGGGACGUACAAGUCUUGCAAGCAAGUUUCUGUACCGAGCACCGGACAAUUAGCAUUGGACAUCAUGUGCGGAGAAUGGGGUGCAAGCAGAUGCAGCCCGCUAAAAUGGUUUCAUUAUAUGGGCGACGCAGAAAACAAUUAUUACGUGCCUUUCCAAAUAACCUACAUCCCGACGGACACGAAGAUAGCUGAAUUCGAGCCGAUGGAUCCGCUGAUUACACCAUGCAACCAAUCCAUAAACGCAAAAACACCGGCUUGCAGUUGCGUCGAUUGUGAAGACUCAUGCCCAGUUCCGAAGCCUUUACCACCAUUGCCACAACCUUUCACGUUGCUUGGCUGCGACGGUUACGAGGUCACGAUGGCGAUUAUUUUCAUCUGUGGUUCUGGAGUAUUCAUACUGUUGAUGUACUGUUUCGGCAACAGAAAGCAAAUCGUUGCACGAGGUGAAGAGGUAGGGCGACAGGUUGGUAGACGACUAGCCGCUGGGCUACAUCACCCCGGAGACGGUGCUCGAAUUGCCCUUGCCGCGGACCAAGAAGACAGCCCACUACAAUCGAAACGUUCGAGCGUUAUAUCGGCCGAUGAUUUGCCGAAUGGCCUUCAUGACGAUGAGUCAACCUUUAUCGAACGUCUGGGGGCAAACACCGACAAAGUUUUGCAGCAAUUCUUCUGCUGGUGGGGCACAGCCUGCGCUCAACGACCAUGGCUUGUUCUUCUCUUCGGUUUCCUCUUUAUCGUUACUCUUGGGCAUGGCAUCAAAUACGUGCACAUUACGACCGAUCCGGUCGAAUUGUGGGCAUCUCCGAACUCCCGGUCUCGCGUCGAACGUGAUUAUUUCGACAGCCACUUUGAACCAUUCUACAGAAACGAACAGAUCAUCAUAUCGUCCAUCGGCCUGCCUGACAUUGUACACAACACGUCCAACGGCCCAAUAACAUUCGGACCGGUUUUCGACAAGAAUUUCCUCCUCACGAUAUUCAAGCUUCAAGAACAAAUUAAAGGCCUCGUCACCCACAGUAAUUACACACUCGCCGACGUGUGUUUUGCCCCGUUGACGAACGAUUUCACCGGUCCGACUACCGUGCAACACUGUGCCAUCCAGAGUCUCUGGGGUUACUGGCAAGACGACGUCGAUACUUUCAACGGCAGUGACGACGAGCAUGGCUACGAAGUCAAUUAUCUCGACCACUUCAAAGCCUGCUCUCAAAAUCCACUGAAUCCGGCUUGUCUCGCACCUUACGGCGGUCCGGUUGAUCCGGCUAUCGCUGUCGGUGGAUUCUUAACUCCCGGUCAAUCGUUGCACAAACCACCGUACGAAAAAGCUACGGCUAUAGUCCUCACAAUAUUGGUCAACAACUAUCACAACAAGACGAAAUUGCAACCAGCGAUGGAAUGGGAAGAGAAAUUUAUCGCAUUCAUGAAGAACUGGACAGCAACGGAAAAGCCAGAUUACAUGAACGUUGCGUUUACAUCCGAACGAUCCAUCGAGGAUGAACUCAAUCGUGAAUCUCAGUCCGACAUAUUGACUAUUCUUGUAUCUUACAUCAUAAUGUUCGCAUACAUUGCAAUUUCGCUCGGGCAGCUAAAAUCGUGUAGUAGAUUUUUGAUCGAUUCCAAAAUCACCCUCGGGCUUGGAGGAGUUUUGAUAGUCUUAACUUCGGUUAUUUGCUCCGUUGGGAUUUUUGGUUUUAUUGGAAUUCCUGCUACUCUAAUUAUCAUCGAAGUUAUUCCCUUCCUCGUAUUGGCUGUAGGAGUGGACAAUGUGUUCAUCCUGGUACAGACGCAUCAGCGUGAAGGAAGACGACCCAACGAAUCGAUACCCGAACACAUCGGUCGUACCCUCGGCACAGUCGGCCCGAGCAUGUUGCUCACGAGUGUUUCCGAAAGUCUUUGCUUUUUCCUUGGUGGCUUGUCAGACAUGCCGGCGGUCAAAGCCUUUGCUCUUUACGCUGGUAUGGCUUUAUUAGUGGAUUUCCUGUUACAAAUUACGUGUUUCGUAAGCUUAUUGGCGUUGGAUACGGUACGCCAAACGAAUAAUCGUUUAGAUAUAUGUUGUUUCCUGCGAGGCUCGAAGAAAGACAGUGGCGAAGAAGUGGUUGACGGUAUUUUGUAUAAAAUAUUUAAAGUCGCUUACGUACCACUGCUCUUGAAAAAAUGGGUCAGAGUCGGUGUGAUGCUCGCGUUCUUCGGUUUGGCUUGUACGAGUGUCGCCGUUAUCCCACACAUCGAAAUUGGUCUGGAUCAAGAACUAUCGAUGCCCGAAGAUAGUUUUGUGCUCAAGUAUUUCCAGUUCCUAAACAAAUAUUUAUCGAUCGGACCCCCGGUGUAUUUCGUUGUGAAAGAUGGGAUCGAUUAUUCCGAUUAUGACAGUCAAAAUCUGAUAUGCGGUGGUCAACACUGUAAUACUGAUUCCUUAUCGACGCAAAUAUUCAUGGCUUCGCGACAAUCGAACAGAACUUACAUAGCCAAACCUUCCUCAUCGUGGCUAGACGAUUAUUUCGAUUGGUCCGAGUCGCCAGAAUGUUGCAAAUACUUCCCUACGAAUAAUUCUUUCUGUCCUCAUGGGGAUGGAGACUGCAGCAGUUGUGAUAUCGCCCUCAACAACUACGGUCGUCCGAACAUAACCGAAUUUCAGAAAUACGUAUCUUUCUUCCUGCAAGAUAAUCCCGACGAGCAGUGCGCGAAAGCAGGACACGCGGCUUACGGUCACGGGGUGAAUUAUGUGACCGAUCCGAAAAUGCGAAAAUCCCAAGUUGGAGCCUCGUAUUUUAUGACUUACCACACUAUUUUGAAGUCAUCCGCCGACUAUUACGAAUCUAUGAGAGCAGCUAGAGAUAUAUCGGCCAAUAUAACCGAUAUGAUAAACGCGAAUUUACAAAGUCGCAAGAUAAACCAAACCGUCGAAGUAUUCCCGUACAGCGUGUUCUAUGUGUUCUACGAACAGUACUUAACAAUGUGGCCUGACACCCUCAAGAGUCUCGGCAUAUCUUUGCUUGCGAUAUUCGUUGCAACAUUUUUGCUCAUGGGUCUCGACAUAUUUUCAUCGAUCGUCGUAAUCAUAACAAUCACGAUGAUCCUCGUGAACAUCGGUGGUCUAAUGUAUUGGUGGCACAUCACGCUCAACGCCGUCUCCUUGGUGAAUCUGGUGAUGGCGGUUGGUAUCUCCGUAGAAUUUUGUAGCCACUUGGUCCAUUCGUUCUCUGUAUCUGUGAAAGAAACGAGAGUCGAACGAGUCGCGGAUGCGGUUACGAACAUGGGUAGUUCUGUGUUUAGUGGAAUAACGUUAACCAAGUUUGGUGGUAUUAUAGUCCUCGGCUUUGCGAAAAGCCAAAUAUUCAAGGUGUUCUAUUUUAGGAUGUAUUUGGGAAUUGUUUUGUUCGGUGCAGCACACGGGCUCAUAUUCCUUCCAGUUUUACUCAGCUAUAUAGGCGUGAUGUCAAGCCGGGGGUACAGAAGGGAGAGACAGCUCGCCAAUGAUAUCAGAAACGAGCCACCGUCUCGUCAGCUCGUCGACUCCACAACCCCUCUUGUCCAAAAUUUCCCAUACCAAUACCCAACCACUUCCUACGCCAGUGUGAAUGUCGAAGUUCCAAGAACACCAACAUCGCAACCCGUUCGCUAGUUGUAACAAAUCGUUUAAACGAGAAGAUAAACAAUACAUAAAAACGACAUCGUAAAUUCAGAGAAUCUAGGAGAAAACAAUUCGAAGAACUGUAUUUUUUCGUUGAUAUAAAGACUUAGAAAGGUAAAA